AUGGCGGCAGUACAAGAACUAGCCCAGCGGCUCAAGUCCGACGACAAAAGCUACAUCGACACCGACAUUGGCGUGGACGACAGCACCGCCGACGGCUCUGAGUCAAAGCCCUACAAGUCCCUUGCCUAUGCCUACAUCGCCAACUUCGGCAAGCCCACGAAGCAAUACCUCACCCGUGCCUCUACAACAGGCGCACUGGGACCAGAUGGCGACCCGUCCGGAAGACUGCUGUGGAAGGACCCUGCCAAGGCCGCCGUCAAGAAGGCCCAAUCUGCUCUCGAGGCGCACAAGAAGAAGCUCCAGAAGCAAGAGCAGACUCUUGCCGCCGAGGAGGAGCGGAGAAAACAGCGCGCCAAGAACCUGGAGAACGCGAAGAAAAUCACAAUCAGCGAGGACAGCUCACUACCCAAGGCCGUCAAGCUCAGAAUCGACCAGAAGGAUGUUGCGCUUGGAGAUGCGGAGACUAAGGGUACAAGAGUCAAGGUUUCUGGCAGAAUCCACCGUCUCCGAGCACAGAAGCAGGCUACCUUCAUUACUCUGAUUGACGGUUAUGGCCAUCUCCAAUGUGUCAUCCCGGCAGGACCUCUCACCAGCACAUACGAAGCAUUGACGUUUGCCCAGGGUACAGCACUAACCCUGUACGGUGAGCUGCGCAAGGUGCCGGAGGGAGCAACUGCCCCCGAUGGCCGAGAGCUUGCGGUUGACUACUAUGAGGUUCUUGGUGCAUCUCCUGGAGAUGCAGAGGCCAUCACCAGCAAGAUUUCUGCUGACCAAGACCCGUGGGAGGCGGACAUGAUCGAUAACAGGCAUCUAGUCCUCCGAGGCGACAACGCGUCCUCGGUAAUGAAGAUUCGAUCAGAGGUCGAUUUUGCCUUCAGAUAUCUGUACAAGCAGCUCAAGAUCAGACAGGUGUCUCCUCCAGCUCUGGUGCAAACACAGGUCGAAGGAGGCUCGACGCUGUUCAAGUUUAACUACUACGGAGAGGACGCAUAUCUGACUCAGUCUUCCCAGCUAUACUUGGAGACUGUUUUGCCAAGCUUGGGCGAUGUGUAUUGUAUCGAGAAGUCCUUCCGUGCUGAGAAGAGUCUUACCCGUCGCCAUCUUUCAGAGUAUACCCAUAUUGAGGCCGAGCUGGAUUUCAUCUCCUUUGAGGAUCUUCUCCAGCAUCUGGAGGACGUCAUCUGCAGCGUUGUCGACAUGGUCCUUGACGAUAAGGAGAUUGCCGCUUACAUCAAAGCCCUCAAUCCCACCUUCGAGAAGCCGAGCAGACCAUUCAUGAGAAUGAAGUACACGGAUGCGAUCGACUGGCUCAACGCGCAAGACCCUCCUAUCCUCAACGAGGAGGGCAACCCGCACGUCUUUGGUGACGAUAUCGCUGAGGCUGCGGAGAGGAAGAUGACCGACACCAUCAACAAGCCUAUCUUUUUGACUCACUUUCCUGUCGAGAUCAAGGCUUUCUACAUGAAGAAAGAUCCCAACGAUCUUCGAGUCACUGAGAGUGUCGAUUGUCUCAUGCCCGGUGUUGGCGAGAUUGUUGGCGGCUCUAUGAGGAUGGAGGGCUAUGACGAGCUCAUGGAGGCGUUCCACAAGCAGGGUAUCGACCCUGCUCCCUACUACUGGUAUCUAGACCAGCGAAAGUACGGAACGUCUCCCCACGGUGGCUACGGUCUGGGCCUGGAGAGAUUCCUAGCAUGGCUUGCCAACCAGCACACCGUUCGCACGUGCUGCAUGUACCCUCGUUUCAUGGGCCGUUGCAAGCCUUGA